AUGUUGAAGUCGGUGCUUAUGUUAACGUCUUUAUUCACUAUCAUCGUUGACCAUCAUGCGGUGAGGUCACAAGGUGGGGCCACACAACAAAUUGAAGCCAUUGUCAAGGGUCGAUGUUUUGCCUACAGAUUCGUCAGACCACCAGGACUAUUACCAAUACCGGAUGUUGACUGCGAUGAGCUGUGGGCUAACUUUUCCAGCGCUUGGACAUACAGAGAAUCUUGUGGUCAAAACAGGAGCAGUUAUGAAAACCUUAUUCACCCACUGAAUCAGCCUUUGCCGCCAAAUAAGUCGCUGUUUUGGGAAGAAACCAAGGACUUCACACACAGACUAGCCAAUGACGGCAAACGUUAUGUCCCCAUAGAGUCCACUCUCAUCGGGUAUGUAGCAGAUGACCUCACCUGGUGUGGACAAACCUCUGCCCCGGGGAUCAACUUCACCUACUGCCCGCCAUAUCAUUCUUGCUCCAACGAAGUUAUGUUCGAUUUUUGGGUGGCAGCUUCCAAAUGGUUCGCAUCUCAUGCUCAAGGUGAAGUACGCGUUGUUCUGAACGGCUCACUGCCUGCUGGGGUAGCGUACGGAAGAAACAGCGUAUUUGCAUCUGUAGAGCUUGCGAACUUGAGGAGCGGUAUUGUCACAAAACUUACUGCAUUACUUGUUCAUGAUCUGGACAAACCUAAAAUGGAAACUUGUGGAUCACAAUCACUUCUUGAUUUAAAAGCUGAUGUGCUGGCAAAAAACAUUGCAUUUGAUUGUCUAGAAAAUCCACCGGAAGUGAAAUACUUACUAUGUGCAGAUCUCCCAGAGAGUCCCGAGUGCAAGCAAAAUGACUGUGGAAAUCUUCCACCUUACAACCGAGGUUCAGGCGUGGUCACUGGAAGCAAGGAAGGCCUCUGUUCAAUACUGCUAUAUUUGGCGUUAACGUCUGUCGUCAUCUCCAUGGGCAGAUAA